UGUUGUGAUAGUUUCAGGUGUACAGGAAAGUGAUUCAGUUAUACAUACACAUGUAUCUAUUCUUUUUCAAAUUCUUUUUCCAUUUUAGGUUGUUGCAUAAUUUUGAGCAGCGUUCUCUGUGCUAUACUGGGUCCUUGUUGGUUACCCAUUUAAAAUAGAUGCCCAUCUUAAGCACAGGCUCCGGACGCACAGGCUCAGCGGCCAUGGCUCACGGGCCCAGCCGCUCCGCGGCAUGUGGGAUCUUCCCGGACCGGGACACGAACCUGCGUCCCCCGCAUCGGCAGGCGGAUUCUCAACCACUGCGCCACCAGGGAAGCCCCCAAACUGUUUUUGCUUACUAUAACUUGAAGUAAGUUUAGAAAUCAGGAAAGGUAAGUCCUCUUUGGUUUUCUUUUUAAGUAUAUUUUUGGCUAUUUACAGCCCCUUGCAAUUAUGUAUGAGGAUCGGCUCUUCCAUUUCUGCAAAACAUUGCAGUUUUGAUAGAGAUUACAUUGUAUCAUAGAUCGCUUUGGGGAGUAUUGCCAUAUUAAAAAUUAUUCAGUUUUCCAGCUCUCAGGUCCUGCUUCCAAGAUGACCAGGAAAAGAAGGAACAAUAGUUGUGCCUAAAAGGGCUGUGGCAACAUGCAGCCUACUCGUUGCACCAACUGUGCCCAGUGUGUGCCCAAGGGCAAAUCCAUUAAGUAGUUCAUCAUUCAGGGACUUCCUGGUGGCACAGUGGUUAAGAAUCUGCCUGCCAAUGCAGGGGACAUGGGUUCGAGCCUCGGUCCGGGAAGAUCCCACAUGCCACGGAGCAACUAAGCCCGUGUGCCACAACUACUGAGUCUGUGCUCUAGAGCCCCCGUGCCACAACUACUAAGCCCCAGUGCCACAACUGCUGAAGCCCGCACGCCUAAAGCCUGUGUUCCGCAACAAGAGAAGCCGCCACAAUGAGAAGCCCACACACCGCAACGAAGAGUAGCCCCUGCUCGCCACCACUAGAGAAGGCCCACGCGUAGCAAUGAAGACCCAAUGCAGCCAGAAAAUAAAUAAAUAAACAUUUGAAAAAAAAAGUUCAUCAUUCAAAACACAGCAGAGGCUGCAGCCAUCAGGGACAUUUCUUUUUUUUUUUAACAUUUAUUUUACUUGUUACUUAUUUUUGGCUGCGUUGGGUCUUCGUUGCUGUGCGUGGGCUUUCUCUAGUUGCAGACAGUGGAGGCCACUCCUUGUUAUGGUGUGCAGGCUUCUUAUUGCGGUGGCUGGGACUUCCCUGGUGGUGCAGCUGUUGAGAAUCCGCCUGCCAAUGCAGGGGACACGGGUUCGAGCCCUGGUCCAGGAAGAUCCCACAUGCCAUGGAGCAACUAAGCCCAUGCACCACAACUACUGAGCCUGAGCUCUAGAACCUGCGAGCCACAGCUACUGAGCCCACGUGUCACAACUACUGAUGCCCAUGCGCCUAGAGCCCAUGCUCCGCAAUAAGAGAAGCCACCACAGUGAGAAGCUUGUGCACCACAAUGAAGAUGGUCCCCACUCGCCGCAACUAGAGAAAGUGUGCACGCAGGAAAGAAGACCCAAUGCAGCCAAAAAUUAAUUAAUUAAUUAAUUUAAAAAAACACAAGAAGCAGGGCUAUUUCUAUGGUUGGGUAUCUGAAUAAAUCUUAUCUGUAGCGAGUAUAGACUAGAAUGAGGGUAAAGCUGUAAUUGGUCCAGCAGUUACCCAUACUAGCCAGGAUAGUGGAACGCUUAGUCACUUUUGUGGUCUGGGCAACGUUCAUGUUUGGGGGAUGAUGGUGUGUCAGGGGAGGUUUGUUGGUUGUAACAAAUGUACCCCUCUGGUGGAGGAUGCUGAUGGUGUGCGUGGAGGGGGGACAAAGGGAACUCUCUUUAUUUUUUGCUCAAUUUUGCUGUAAACCUAAAACUACUCUAGAAAAUAAAGUGAAUUAAUUUUAAAAAGAUGCUUGGCAAAGGAUUACUGUUGCGAAGAUAUAGAGAAUUCCUACAAACCAGUAAGACAAAAGAAAAAUAAAACAAUAGGAAACUGAGCAAAAAACUGAACUGACAGGAAGCCUGAAUGGCCCACACACCAAUGACAAUAUGGUCAGCCUCGAUAGCAACUGGGAGAACGUAAAGUAAAACAAUUGUAAAUGCCUUUGCACAUCUAUUGGAUCAAUUUCCUAAGACGGCCGUAACAAAUUACACAAACUUGGUGGCUUAAAAACCAGAUGUUUAUUCUUUCACAGUUUUGGAGGGCAGAAGUCUGAAAUCAAGGUGUCACAGGGCCAUGCUCCCUCCGAAGUCUCUAGGGGAGGAUCCUUCCCACCUCUUCCAGCUUCUGAGGGUUCCAGGCGUUCCUUGGCGUGUGGCGGCAUCACUCCAGUCUCCGCCUCGUGUUCACAUGGCUUUCUUCUCUUCUGUCUCAAAUCUCUCUCUUCCUUUUUCUUAUGAGGACCCUUUUCAUUGGAUUUAGGGCUUUCCUGAACAAUCCGGGAUGAUCUCAUCUCAAGAUCCUUAACUUGAUUACAUCUUGAAAGACCACUUUUCCAAAUAAGAUCAUAUUCCCAGGUUCCAGGACAUGCACAUACCUUCGUGGGGAAGGGUGGCACCAUUCAACCUGCUACACCCAUUGGCAAAAAAUAAAAAGUCCAACCAUACCAAGUGCUGGAGACCAUAUGGAACAAGGGGACUGUCAUACAAUUGUCAACAGGACUUUUAAUUAGUCUCUUUGGAGGCAGCAUCCACAAUCCUGGGAAAGUUGAAGAUGUAUGAACCGUAUCACCUGUUUCACUCCCAGAUACACACCAAGAGACGUGACCCAAUGUUACUGGCAGCAAUGUCUGUAAUCCACAAAAAGGGAGCACUUCCUAAAUGUCCAGCAGCAGCGGAAUGGGUAAGUAAACUGUGGUGUGUUUAUUCAACCACAGUAUGAGUAAGUACGGAUCAUGGUGGGAAAACCUCAGAAACAGAAUGUUGAGGAACAAAGCACAUUGCAGAAAGAUAAGAAUAUGACACCAGUGGUCUAAAUUUUAAGCUAUGCAAAGCAAUCCUAUGUAACGUUCAAUGAUAGCAGAUAUACACCAAGAGCACGAUGACACUCACAGGGUGAUAAACGUAAGGCAAAGGUCUGACAAAGCUGGGUGGUGUGUACAUGAAUGAUUAUAUGCUAUCCUGUGUGUUUUUGUAUGCUUGAAACAUCGCAUAAGGCAUAAAGAAAAAAAGAGGAUUCUGUGUGUCCCAAAUCCCAGUGUUCUCCAUAUUCUGAAGUUUAGAGCGGCUAAGAAGAGCUUGAGCUCUCAAGACCACACGUUUCCCUGGGUCCACGGUGCUAAAGCAGAGUGGUUCUGGGGUUUUCCCACACUGAGAUUCAAGCCCGUCCUGGGACCACAGCUCCCCAGCUGCCCCUCUGCCCCGUGGUGUGAGGGGCAUGCAGGCUCCUCUGGCCCUGCCUCUGCUCCUUGCCACACCCUCACCUGGCUGGGUCCUUGGGGCUGGAAAGGACACAUCAACCUUUGUCCCUCCCACCACCCCUUAGGCUUCUCACUGCCUGCAGUGCUUUGAAGUUUCUGGAAGCAUCCCACCUGGUCCGAUAACUACCUCCCAGCAACCUUGUCAGAUGGGUGUCACUUUUUUGCUUCUUUUUCCCCAUUCUAUGGAUGGGGAGACUGAGGCUCUGGGCUUUCUGGACAGGGUUCGUUCCUGUCUGAAGAGCUUCCAAGUGGAAGAGGCCCGGAGGGAUGCUGCCAGGGGCCCCCAGAUCUGUCACAAACCUAUUGGGUAGCUUUUCCCAGGAAUGACCAGGGAGCAACCACCUGCUCCACCCAGGGAAUCCAGUGGCAGUUUCUAAAUCCAUCUGAACUUUGAGAUCAUUUGGGAGCUGGUUAAAAACGCUGAUGCCACCUGCUGGGGCAGAAACACAGAGUGAGCCCCUGGAAUCUUCAGGUCCCCAGGGAGGUUCGAGGGUCCCUGAAUUAAUCUGUUGAGUCCCACUGAGGAGGCCGGGGUCCUGGAGUCCUGGGCACUGCUGUUAUUUUUCCCCCCAAGAAGGAUCCCCCUCACAGGGCACCCAGCAACUUGGCUCUCUCCCUGCUCCUACCUGAGGGAAUAGAGGGUCCCUUUCUCCAGGCCCCGCCCACCAGGUGGAGAAUCAUGCCAGGUCCGUAUCUUAGGCAGCUUGGGCUGUUCUAACAAAAUACCACAAACAUUUCUUUCUUGCAGUUCUGGAGGCUGGAAGUCCAAGACCAAGGUACCAGCUGAUUAGGUUUCUCAUGGGGGCUCUUUUCUUGGCUUGCAGGUGGCUGCCUUCUCCCUAUAGCCUCUCGUGGCAGAGAGAGCCAGCAAUCUCCCUAGUGUCUCUUCUUAUUAGGGCACCGAUCUCAUCACAGGGGCCCCACCUCCUGACCUCCUCUAACCUUAAUCACCUCCCAAAGACCCCAGCUCUAAAUACCACACACUGGGGGUUAGGGCUUCAACAUAUGAAUUUGCGGAGACACCAUUCAGACCACAGGAGUCUGUCAGAUCUCACUGGAAGGUCAUGGCCUAGACCAGAGGCUGCUGCUCUGCCCUCAGAUUUGUCACAGCAAAUCCCUCACUCCCCUACCCUGGCUGGUGGUUACUUCCUGGAAAACACAGAAACCCCCAGAGGAAAUCGCCCCUCAUUCUCCCACCCCCAACUCUGCAAAGCCCCACCCCACAUCCACACGCGCCACCCCCGGUGACAUCCCCAUCAAGGGGAUCAUCCUGUAAGCACCCAGCGUGUCCCUGGACCACCACUUGCUACCCGACCCCGCCUGUCAGCUGUCACCCAUUCUCUGCUUCCCUAGAGCAGCAGAACCUCUUGAAAGAAUCAUCUAGGGUGGUGGCUCUCAACCGGGCCGAUGUCAUUCCCCUGGGGACACUUGGCAGUGUCUGGAGACCUUUCGAGUUUUUGAGGAGGUGUGUCCCCAUAAGAGAAGCAGAAGGAGAUUCGACACACACGGCGAAGGCCAUGUGAGGACAGAGGCAGAGCUGGGAGGGCUGUGCUAGGAGCCGAGGAGUGCCAGCAGCCACAGAAGCCAAAGGGGCCAGGGAGGACCCUCCCCUGGAGCCUGCAGAGGGGGUGCAGCCCUGGCAGCACCUGGAUUUCGGACUUCUGUCCUCCGGGACUGGGAGACAGUAACCCCGCCGUUUCCAGCCACCACGGUUGCGGCCGUUUGUUAGGGCAGCCACAGGAAACUCAUCCGACGGGUUUGCAAAGCAUCUUACAAUCGUUUUAUCCUGCGUUUCGCAAUUGCUCUGGAGGUUUUGGGACAUAUUUUCAUUGGCUUGCGGGUUAUUCAGGCUGCUUACCGGUUCCAUUCAGUUUAGUUUGUUUCGUUUUUUUGUUGUUUGUUUUUUGGCCGCGAGGUGAGGCUUUCGGGAUCUCCCCGACCAGGGACUGAACCCGCGCCCUCGGCAGUGAAAGCGCAGAGUCCUAACCGCGGGACCGCCAGGGGAUUCCCUAGUUUGUUUUAACAGGUUUACUGAGAUACAAUUCACCCCUUUGAAGUGCAUAAUCCGAUGGUUCCAGGGAGGUGGGCCUCGUCGGUCACUAGCCCCCGCGCCCUGCUCUUAGACUGGACUUGCCAGCCCUGGCUUCCCUUCUGGUGUCUUGUGUGGCUCCCGCUGGCCUGGUUCCAGUCACAGCCAGGGAUGAUGCCCACGAUGCCGGGGGGUUCUCACGCUCUGCCUGGAACAGCUCUCCACAGCCCUUGGCCGCGGGUGUUUUGGUCCCUUGGGACAGGCUGGGGGUUGCUGGGGGGACAGGGUCAGACCAUACAUGAGGGAUAGCGGUGGGGCCUAGCGCAUUCUGCUGCUUCCCAGAACCUAGCAGGUGCUCAAGAAAGGCUCGUGGAAACAUUAGUAGCCAACACUUAAGAGCGCCCGAUUUUGCGCCAGGAGCUAUGAAAUGUCUUGUCUAUUCUUUCAUCUUCUCAUGUGAUCCUCUCAAGAACCACGACAAUUAAGUGCAAGUGUUACCCCAGGGAGGCUCAGGGAGGUUAAGUAACUUGCCUAGGGUCACACAGUAAACAGAAGAAUAAGGGAAAAAAGGAACGAGGUGUGCCGCCCUGCAGCCACAGGUUCCCCAGCCUGUCCAGGCUCUCUCUGCAGCUGCCAGGGCCCCUCCCUCUGCCCCAAGGAUGCCAUUAGGAGCAUGCAAAUGAAGGAGCCCUGCAGGGUGGGGAUGGGGGCAUAGACUUGAGGACCUAGUGCAGGGGCUUCGGUGGGCCGCUGAGGGUGCAGGCUGAGGGCGUCCUGGAGGAGGCUGCCAGGGUCCCACUGAUAUUUUCAUCCUGUAACCAUUCUCCUUAUCAGGUAACUUUCUGCCAGGCCCUCCUAGUGAUCACAGAGCAGCCUGGAGUUGCCAGACCUGUUCCCAGGCUAGCUGUGCCAGGUCAGGGGAGGCAGCUGCCAGAGGUGCCGAUGUAUAAACCAGGAGGAGGCCGGACUACCUGGAGCUUCGGUGAGGUCAGCCCGGUUCCACGCCACUGCCAGACGUGGGCCCGCGACAUCUGGUGGGGGGCUGCGCAGGCUCCUGGGAGGAUUGGCCGUCAGCAGAGGCAGGGGUGAGAUGGGCCAGGAGCAGAGUCAGCAUACGUGAAGGCAGCAUGUCAGGCAGAGAGCAAAGGCUCAGCAAAAGGAUACAGGGUCGGAGCCCACACCUGCGGGGUACCUGGGGUCCCGGGCUGAGGGCCAGCAGCACGAGGUGCGGGGAGAUGAAUGGGAUGUGAGUCCACAGGGUCGGGGGCCAUGGUCCUGGGGCCUGGCUCAGCACAGGGAGGUGGGUGCUGCCCUGCCCCAGCUGUGUACGUGACCUCCGGCCCGUCAUGCUAUCUAAGCUUCACUCCCCCCGCCCCCCCGCAACCCCUGUGACAACCAGGAGUACCCUCGGAGGAACCCUCCAUCCCUGGCCUCUGCUGGCCUGGCCCCGGGGGUAGAGGCAGACCCUGUCCUCCCUCGAGAGGCUCCCCAGGCUGGGGGAGGAGGUGGCGUGUGGACAGACGGGGGCCAGCCAGGCGUGGCCCAGGCUGUGAUUGGGACGUGCCGGGGAGUUGGGACGAGGGAAGCUUCUUGGGAGGUUGUAGAAGCAACACUCACUGUUCAUUUCUGAUUCUGGAAGCAUUGGAUGCUCGCUGUAGAAAAUUUGGAAGCUGCAGAAAGAUGCUGAGAAGUCAAAAAAAGUGCAGGGCACACAUUGAUGCUGGUGAGGAGGUGCUGCAGGGCCACCAGACCUGGGACUGAAGCCACCAUGUAGCAGCUGUGAGGAGGGCAAAUCGGAUCACCUCUCAGAGCCUCGGGUUGCUCUUCCUUACAACGAGAGCUGCUUUGCCGUGGUGCUGGGCGGGCCCGAGGAGACGGGGCAGCUGCUGGAGCACAAGUUUGACUACAUCCUCUUCACAAGAGGCCCCCGAGUCGGCAAGGUCGUCAUGGCUGCUGCCGCCAAGCACCUGACACCCGUCACGCUGGAGCUGGGGGGCAAGAACCCCUGCUACGUGGACGACAACUGCGACCCCCAGACCGUGGCCAACCGCAUGGCCUUCUUCCGCUAUUUCAACUCCGGCCAGACCUGCGUGGCCCCCGACUAUAUCCUGUGCAGCCCCGAAAUGCAGGCUCGACUGCUGCCCGCCCUGCAGAGUGCCAUCACCCGUUUCUAUGGCGAAGACCCCCAGAGCUCCCCAGACCUGGGCCGCAUCAUCAGUGAGAAGAAUUUCCAGCGGCUCCGGGGCCUGCUGAGCUGUGGCCACGUGGCCAUCGGGGGCCAGACCGAUGAAAGCAAUCGCUACAUCGCUCCCACGGUGCUGGUGGGCGUGCAGGAGACGGAGCCGGUGAUGCAGGAGGAGAUCUUCGGGCCCAUCCUGCCCAUCAUGAACGUGAGGAGCCUGGACGAGGCCAUCGAGUUCAUCCGCCGUCGGGAGAAGCCCCUGGCCCUGUACGCCUUCUCCAACAGCAGCCAGGUGCCUGGCAGAGACGGGGAGCAGCGUCAAGAAGCUGGCAACACGUGGCUGGCCAACUGUCUGCCCUGGCCGGGGCAGCUCCCGCCCGGACGACGAGGUGCCCUGGAAUGGGCAGCUACCACAGCAAGUUCUCCUUCGACGCCUUCUCCCACCACCGCGCCUGCCUGCUCUCCCCCUCGGGCCUGGAGAAGCUCAAGGACAUCCGCUACUCGCCCUUUUCUGCCUGCACACAGCAGCUGCUCAGCUGGGCCUUGGGCAACCAGCGCUGCCUCCUUCUGUGAGCACCCUGUCCAUCUCCAGUGCCCCAUCCCCACGACCCCCCUGUCCUGCUGUUGCCCAGGUGCUCAGUGGCCCCCCAAAGGCUGGUGUCCUGUCCAGGAACACAAAGAUCCUGCUCCUGGGGCUUUGUCUGAACAGACCCCUGGCUGGGCAGGACCUCUGGGACAUUAGUCCAGCCCCUUUCAGGGCCAAAGUCCCCUCUGCAGAUUUGUUGACCCUCUGCUUGAACAUAUCUGAUGACAGAGAACUUACCCCCAAGGUUGGGCAGCUCUGGUGGUUAGAAAAGACUCCCUCACGUCAGAUCUAUAAAUAAGCUCCCAAAAUACAGAGUGAUUUCUAACAGCUCCAGUCACACCUGGUUUGGGGAGCUGGGUUUGUCUCACCUGAAGUGAUCUGAUCUUGAACUCAGGUCUGGCCAGUCACUGGUGUUGGCCUGAAGUGCGUUAUUUACAAGGACUCUGAUGGUGUGUGUGGAAUCUAUAGGAAGGAGUGCAAUGGUUGAUUAGUGAUGUCUGCUAUGGGCACAGGAGGGGGUUGUGCUCAUGCUGGCCACAUCAUCAUUCCUGCUCUAAUCUCCCAGAGAGAGGUCAGGGCGGGCAGAAUCUAAAUCUGGUCUCUUCAUCUGACACAUGGGAAAACAGAUUUAGAGCCAGGAUAGGGCUGAACUGAGUUUAUACGGUAAAGCAGGGCAGAGCCGAGUGACAGUGGGAUUUAUGGUCUCGUGGCCCUCAUCUGGCUCACCCAGAGCCCUACCCGUCCCUGCAGUAGCUCUGUCACCUAGAAAGCUUGGGUUUGCAUCAGUCCAUGGCCAUAUUGUUACUGGGUGCCUUUGGGCAUGUCCCUUAACUUCUCUGAGCUUUAUCUUGUAGAAUGGGGUUCCCACCUACCUCUUACAGUUGGUGUGAGUGUUAAAUGUGAUCAUAUGUGUCUGGGGCCCAGGGGCCCCCACCCCAGACAUAGUAGAGUCCAGACUCUCAUGUAAGUUAAGCCAGCAUUGAGCAGAGGCCCUGGCUGCCGAGGUGCCCCUGGCCACACACCUCCCAGAGCUUCCCAGGGCUCUGUCACAGUCACGGUUUUUGCGACAGCAGCCUCUGCUUGUCCCGCAAUCAUGGCAUGCUGCUGUCCCCAGGCUUGGGGGUGGUCCCAGGGUCCCUUAGAUGCUGGUUCCACCCUGGGAACAGGCCACAGUCCAGAGUGGGUCAUUAAGAAAAACAACAAUAUGGGGUGAUUCCUCUUCCCACCCCCACCCCAGGACACUAGGCCAGCAAGAAGGAGUGGGCAGGGUGGUCCUGGGGUCAUAAAGGAACACCUGAUAUGAGGGCGCUGUGAAAGGCUGACAGGAGGGGGUGAGCAGAGGCCAAAGUGGGACUCAGAACCCGGUCAGGAUGGUAGAGGGACAGGCAGGGGCUCCAAAGCCGCUGGACAGGGACUUCCCUGGCAGUCCAGUGGUUAAGACUCCAUGCUUCCACUGCAAGGGGCGCGGGUUUGAUCCCUGGUUGGGGAACUAAGAUUCCGCAUGUCGUGGUGUGGCCAAAACCAACAGUAGCGGCAACAACAAAAAACAAAGUGGCCCUUGGGUGUGACUCCCAGGUCACGUGGCUCUCCUGAGCCAAGACUUACGAUUUUGUGGGAUGGUUCAGGUUCUGACCCCGCUCUGGGCCUCAGUUUCCUCAACUGCAGUGAAGAAGUUGGACCUUUGGAUACUCACGAUGCCUCUGCCCUCCAUCAGGCCAGGGUCUGCUGCGCACGUGUCCGUUCUCCAAGCUUGCACCUGCCCCUUUGCUCCCUUACUCCUCACAGCUGCCCGGACCCAGGAGGGAGCCUCAUUCCCAUAUCACAGGCAGGAGCCAAGGCCCAGAGAGGGCACUGACUCCCCAAGUCACACAGCUUGUCAGGGAGGGGUGUCAGAGCCAGUGGGGGCUGGGGGCCCCCUCUACUUCCUGGGCCUCAGAGGUGUGACUCAGCAGGCCCACCUCCACACUGUUCUCACUGCUGUGGCUCGCACACACGUUGGUACACGCAGCACAGACGUGAAUACACAGAUCCUCAGACACCAGCACACACACACGAGCUUGCACACUCAGUUGGGAUUGGGGGCUGCUGUUCCUGGGAGCUCUUGCCCUGGCUCCCAGAUGCCCUUCCAUUCUAUAAGCACUUUCUGAGGGUGUGGAGAAAAGGGAGCCUCCUAUACUUUUUGUGGGAAUAUAAUUCAGUGCAGCCACUAUGGAGAACAGUAUGGAGAUCACUUAAAGAAACUAAAAAUAGAGCGACCAUAUGAUGUAGCAAUCCCGCUCCUGGGCAUAUGUCUGGAGAAAACUUUAAUUCAAACAAAUAUAUGCACCCCAAUGUUUGUAGUGGUAUUAUUUACAAUAGCCAAGACAUGGAAGCAACCUAAAUGUCCAACGACAGAUGAAUGGAUAAGGAAUGUACAAUGUAAUGUACAAAUGUACAAUGGAAUAUUACUCAGCCAUAAAAAGAAUGAAAUAAUGCCAUUUGCAGCAACAUGGAUGGACCUAGAGAUUAUCCCAUGAGGUGAAGUAAGUCAGAGAAAGACAAAUAUUAUAUGAUAUCACGUAUAUGUGGAAUCUAAAAAUUAGUACAAAUGAACUUAUUUACAAAACAGAAGCAGAUUCACAGACAUAGAAAAAAAUUUUAUGGGGACUUCCCUGGUGGUCCAGUGUUUAAGACUCUGUGCUCCCAACGCAGAGGGCCCGAGUUCGAUCCCUGGUUGGGGAACUAAAUCCUGCAUGUAUGCCACAACUAAGAGUUUGCAUGCUGCAACUAAGACCCGGCACAGCAUAAAUAAAUAAAUAAAUUUAAAACAAAAACUAAAAAAACACACAAAUUUAUGGUCACCAAAGAGGAAGUGGGGGAGGGAUAAAUUAGGAGUAUGGGAUUAACAUAUACAUACUACCAUAUAUAAAAUAAAAACAAGGUCCUAUUGUAUAGCACAGGGAAGUAUAUUCAAUACCUUGUAAUAACCUAUAAUGAAGAAUUAAUUUAAAAAAUUAAAAUAAUUUUAAAAAGAAUAUAUAUAUAUAUAAAACAAUAUUGUAAAUCAACUAUACUUCAAUUUAAAAAAUAAAUUAAUUAAAAAAUAUAUAUAUACCUUCUAAGAGGGCGACGCUAGACCCCAGCCAGGGGAAGUGAAACUUUCCAGGACCCCCUAAGGCUGUCCUCCCCAGAGCUGGGGGCCCACCACCUCCUGGCAGGAAGCAUUCUGGUCUCCAGCAACCCCCUAAAUAGCCAGCCAGGGCUGGUGCUCAGACCCUUCCUUCCUUCCCAAGAGGCCCAGCACCCAGAGAACA